CAGCUGCUCAGACAGAACCGGUUUCUGGUUCCAAUCCGAGAGAAGCCGAGCGAGCCGCGCGUUCCCGACCCUCGGCCAAGACCAGCCUUUCUCAGAGCAUCCCCACCGCGGAGCGCAGCCUUCCCAAGAGCAACACCACCGCGGAGCGCAGCCUUCCAGAAGCAGAGCGCGGCGCCAUGGCCAAGAACACGGCGAUCGGCAUCGACCUGGGCACCACCUACUCGUGCGUGGGCGUGUUCCAGCACGGCAAGGUGGAGAUCAUCGCCAACGACCAGGGCAACCGCACGACCCCCAGCUACGUGGCCUUCACCGACACGGAGCGGCUCAUCGGAGACGCCGCCAAGAACCAGGUGGCGCUGAACCCGCAGAACACCGUGUUCGACGCGAAGCGGCUGAUCGGCCGCAAGUUCGGCGACGCGGUGGUGCAGUCGGACAUGAAGCACUGGCCCUUCCAGGUGGUGAACGACGGCGACAAGCCCAAGGUGCAGGUGAACUACAAGGGCGAGAGCCGGUCGUUCUUCCCCGAGGAGAUCUCGUCCAUGGUGCUGACGAAGAUGAAGGAGAUCGCCGAGGCGUACCUGGGCCACCCGGUGACCAACGCGGUGAUCACGGUGCCCGCCUACUUCAACGACUCUCAGCGGCAGGCCACCAAGGACGCGGGCGUGAUCGCGGGCCUGAACGUGCUGCGGAUCAUCAACGAGCCCACGGCGGCCGCCAUCGCCUACGGGCUGGACCGGUCGGGCAAGGGCGAGCGCAACGUGCUCAUCUUCGACCUGGGGGGCGGCACGUUCGACGUGUCCAUCCUGACGAUCGACGACGGCAUCUUCGAGGUGAAGGCCACGGCGGGCGACACGCACCUGGGCGGGGAGGACUUCGACAACCGGCUGGUGAGCCACUUCGUGGAGGAGUUCAAGAGGAAGCACAAGAAGGACAUCAGCCAGAACAAGCGCGCGGUGCGGCGGCUGCGCACGGCGUGCGAGAGGGCCAAGAGGACGCUGUCGUCCAGCACCCAGGCCAGCCUGGAGAUCGACUCUCUGUUCGAGGGCAUCGACUUCUACACGUCCAUCACGCGGGCGCGGUUCGAGGAGCUGUGCUCCGACCUGUUCCGCGGCACGCUGGAGCCCGUGGAGAAGGCCCUGCGCGACGCCAAGCUGGACAAGGCGCAGAUCCACGACCUGGUGCUGGUGGGCGGCUCGACGCGCAUCCCCAAGGUGCAGAAGCUGCUGCAGGACUUCUUCAACGGGCGCGACCUGAACAAGAGCAUCAACCCGGACGAGGCGGUGGCCUACGGGGCGGCGGUGCAGGCGGCCAUCCUGAUGGGGGACAAGUCGGAGAACGUGCAGGACCUGCUGCUGCUGGACGUGGCGCCGCUGUCGCUGGGUCUGGAGACGGCGGGCGGCGUGAUGACGGCGCUCAUCAAGCGCAACUCCACCAUCCCCACCAAGCAGACGCAGAUCUUCACCACCUACUCGGACAACCAGCCCGGGGUGCUGAUCCAGGUGUUCGAGGGCGAGAGGGCCAUGACGCGCGACAACAACCUGCUGGGGCGCUUCGAGCUGAGCGGCAUCCCGCCGGCGCCCAGGGGCGUGCCCCAGAUCGAGGUGACCUUCGACAUCGACGCCAACGGCAUCCUGAACGUCACGGCCACCGACAAGAGCACCGGCAAGGCCAACAAGAUCACCAUCACCAACGACAAGGGCCGCCUGAGCAAGGAGGAGAUCGAGCGCAUGGUGCAGGAGGCCGAGCGCUACAAGGCCGAGGACGAGGUGCAGCGCGAGAGGGUGGCUGCCAAGAACGCGCUCGAGUCCUACGCCUUCAACAUGAAGAGCGCCGUGGAGGACGAGGGUCUCAAGGGCAAGAUCAGCGAGGCUGACAAGAAGAAGGUGCUGGACAAGUGCCAGGAGGUCAUCUCCUGGCUGGACUCCAACACGCUGGCGGAGAAGGAGGAGUUCGAGCACAAGCGGGAGGAGCUGGAGCGGGUGUGCAGCCCCAUCAUCAGAGGGCUGUACCAGGGUGCGGGUGCUCCCGGGGCUGGGGGCUUCGGGGCCCAGGCGCCCAAGGGAGGAGCUGGGUCAGGGCCCACCAUCGAGGAGGUGGACUAGAGGCCCCUCCUGCCUCUCCCGGUGUUGGCUAGAAACAGACUUUGAUGGCUGCUAUUGCAGGACUAUUUGUCAAAUUUAGUCCUCUCCGGAGUUCAGUUUAAAGUUACAGCCUCUUAUCAGGUAAUGAGUUGACUGUUAAAUUUUCUAUGCUUAUUUUUUAUAUGCAAAUUAACGUUGCCUGCUGCUCUGUGCACUGUAUCAGGGGAUUUUGUUCUUAUAGCUUAUGGUGGAUAAAGAGUUUUUGGGAUUCUGUGUCAGUGUCCCAGUGGCCUGGGAACACAGUGUUCCUGCCCAGCUCCCUUCCAGGAUGGUCACCUGUAACACAAACUGUCCUUCAGAAACCUCUUUGCACUGUGUAGUAGGUAACUUUACUCGCUGUACUUAUCACGUUAGUUAGCUGCUUGUCCAUGUUACAGUUUUGCAGGAUAACCAGCAUGUUCUCUGCAUUUAAUCUAAGGAGUGUAAAGAUGGUGUUUCCUUCCUGCAAACACAUCUGCACUGCCCCACUAUGUACAUUUUUUUUGCAUCACUACAUAGUAAGAAAAAAAUCUUUUAUAACCUAAAUAUUUAAAAUAAAGUGUUACAAGUGUGUUUUGUGG